AUGAAAACAAAUGAAGAACUUAUACGUAAAGAAGAAGAGGACAUUUCAAAAACAAUAGCACUAUCGUUAGCAGAAUAUAAUGCUUCACAAAAAAAAAAUAACGAAAAAAACUACGAAUUAGAUGAUGAGAAUGAUGAAUUGUUACAAGAGGCCAUAAGGUUAUCAAUUUUAGGUUGUAAGAAAAGUGAAAGCAAAAGUAUUGAUUUUAACGAUAGCUAUUAUGAUAUAAUAAAGAAACAUUUUAAUAAAAUAACAUAUUAUUUAUGUAAUAGCUAUGAAUCAACUAAAAAUCAAAAUGAUAUAAUUGACAAUAAAUUAUUUUGGAAAGAUAUAUAUAAAAAUUAUAAGAAUAUAUAUGUUAUUAUAAGAGAUUAUCUCAUAAAUUUAAAUAAGAGAAAUGAAAAAUUAAACGAAGAAAGUAGUGAUUCUACGUCAAGUAGGGAUGAUUAUGAAAGUGAUGAUUCAAGUGAUUGCAGCAAUUCUUCGUCUUUGUCAUGUUGUUCAUUAGAACGAAUCAGAAAAACAUAUAGGAAUAUAAAUUACACAACUAAGGAUUACUGCAAAUGGUUAAGAAGAGGAAAUAGAAGUAAGUGUUUGAAUGAUCAUGUAUAUUUAAGUUAUUUAUUAAAAGAAAUGAAGUUACUUGAAGAUGUUACAAGUGUGCAUAAUUUAGUUUUUGGUGUGAAUAAUUAUAAAUAUGCAAAUAAAUUAGAUAUAAAAAAAUGGUGCAAUCAUAAUUUAUCAUUUUAUGAAAACAAAAAUAUUAAUUUUGGUUUACGCCAAUUUUUAAGUGGCCCUUGUGGUCUUAUAUCAAGUAUUCAGGGAUAUAUUAUAAUUAUUUUACUGUUUAAUUAUAAAUAUAAUUUUUUAUGGGAAAAUAAUUAUUUUAAUAUUUUAAAAACAAAUAAUGAUUUUCUAAAUUUUACCAAUAAUAAUGUAAGUGAUAAAAAGUCGUCAGAUCAAGUAAAUAAUAAUUCUAAAGAAAUUAAUAGUAAAAAUAAUUUAGAAAAUAAUAAAGAAAAUUUUGAAGUUAACGGAACAAUAAUGUCUGAAUACAAAAAUAAUAGCAUUCAAUCUAAUGAAAUUAAUAAAGAAAAUAAUAUAAAUGAUAAUAGUAAAAAUGUAAAUAACGAAGAAAACAUUAAUAAUGAUCGAAGUGUAAAGAGUGAUAAAAAUAUGAACAGUGAUGAUAAUAUAAAUAAUGAUUUGAAUAAAAAUAAUGAUGAGAAUAUAAACAAUGAUCAUACUACGAAUAAUGACCAUAAUAUAAAAAAUGAUAAGAAUAAAAAUAAUGAUGAAAAUAGAAGUAACGGGGAUAAUUACAAUAAUAAAAAGCCAAAGUAUGAAAAAGAUACCAACUUGAAGGGACAUAAAUGUAAAAAUAAUUUUACUGAAACAGAUUAUGAUACUGAAUUUUUACAAUUAGUGCGUGAUAAUAUUAGAGAUUUAAAAUAUUAUUCAUUAGUAGAAUCUUUAGCAUAUAUAUUAUAUCAGUGUACUGAUAAAUCUUAUUAUAUUAUAGCCUUUUUAUUACCAGAAUGUUAUGAUUAUUAUUAUUAUAUGAACAAGAAGAAUUCAGACGAAAAUGUUAUACGUGAUUUAAAAAAAAUUAAUAUUUAUUAUAAAGAGUUUAGUGGAAUAAAAGAAGUAAUAAAAUUUUAUUUAGAGCAUUUUAUUAUAUUUUCAAGUUCAACAGGUGUUAUCUCGUUUUUAUAUUCUGUUAUAUUAACAAGAGGAAUAAAUAAUAUAAAAAAUGAUAUGGAUGAUAUAAAUCAUCCAUUAAUUGGAAUAUAUGGCCAUUGUUCUCAAGAAUUAGUUAACUUGUUAUUAACAGGUAGAGCAUGUUCUAAUGUGUUUGAUAACAACAGUAUUAUUAAUACAUUUUCUAAUAAUGAUGCAGAUAUAUGUAUGUAUGAAAGUAGUAGCCCUUUUACAUAUAACUUAAAUGAAUCCAAAGGUUCUAAAAAUUUUAAUUCACAAAGAUCAUCAUUCAGCAAAAAUAAUAUUGUUCUUAAAGGUAUAAACAAAAGACCAUUAAUUGGUUUAUUAACAGAUUUUGAAGCAUUUAAAUACUGUGAAGUUGGUAAUUUUUACAAAUAUCCUAUUUACCCUAUAUGGGUAAUUAGCAGUUCUAAUCAUUACACUGUUUUAUUUUCUUUAAACAUUCAUAAUUCAAAAUGUACAAGUGAAGAGUUAUUUUUAGAAAAAUUAAAUAAAAUAUGGAAAAAAUAUGAUAAAGAAAAUAAUAAAUAUAUUUUAUCUCAUUUUAUUCCUCAAUUCUUAGAAGACUUGAAUUUAAAAGAAGAAUAUAAAAAUAUUUUUGAUAGUUUUGUUAACGAUUUAGACAUUUUAUUAUAUUCUGAAUUUAAAUCAUUUUAUUUGCAAAUGAAACAAAAAGAUAUUAAUGAUCUUAAAUAUUCAGAUCCUCCAAAAGAAAAAUAUUUUUAUUUAUAUGACGCACAAGAAGCACCAGAAAAAUCUAUUCAUUAUUUUCUUUUGAAAGAAGUUGAUUACGAUGUAUCACAUGAAAAUCAUUUGAAAUUUUUUAAUACAAGGUGGCCAAAUAAUACAGUAGAGAUACUAAAUAUUGAAAAAAAAAUUUCAAAACAUAAAUAUUCUUAUUAA